AUGAAUGCCCUAUAUGACUUGCCUGUCAUCGUCAAGGAAUGUUCAACGGAAUUCAAGCACCUACUCAACGUCACCAAUCAUCAGUCAACGAGGGAUUCAUCCUCAUCGGCAAGCUCAAUUCAAGCCAACACAACUCAGCUCGUGAGUGCAAUGGCCUCGUAUAAGUCACCCACAGUGAUUCUAGCGACGGCACUGGUUCGACUACACAACAACAUCACUGUUCAGUCUAUGAUAGUACGCGCUUUAAUUGAUCACGGCUCCGAGGGAACUCUUGUUACGGAAAAUGUCGUCCAAGCCCUUGGACUAAAGCGAUUCUCUGUUUCUGCUGAAAUCACGGGAGUUGGCGAAAACUCAACAAAUAAGUGGAAGCAUCGCACGGGGUUUACAUUAAGCUCAUGUAUACACCCUCAGUUCCAAAUGUCAGUGGAUACGGCGUUUGUGCUUCGCUCUUUAACAUCGCCUCUGCCAAAGAUGAAUAUCCACCUGCAAAACUGGUCGCAUAUCCAAGGACUCGAAUUGGCAGGUCCUACUUUUACGCGAUCCGGUCGAAUCGACUUGCUGAUUGGCGUGGAUGUCAUACCUCAGCUCAUGCUGUCUGAAGUUCGGAAGGGAGCUCAGGAUCAACCAAUAACUCAGCGCACGCAACUGGGUUGGAUUGUAUUUGGUAAGACAAACCAAAUACUUUCCCAUGCCAUAUCCAUUCGAUGCCAUCAGACAAAUUUGGAGUCUUUGGUCAAUAAGUUUUUUGAACUAGAGAAAAUUCCCGAAACUCGACAGUUGACAGCAGAAGAACAAUGGUGCGAGGAUCAUUUCAAACGCACGCAUACACGUCAAUCCAAUGGGAAAUAUAUGGUUCGGCUCCAAUUCAAGACGCAGUUCGAUUCCUCGCAAGUUCUUGGGAAAUCUCGGCAAAUAGCCCUUGAUCGCUUCCAUAUGUUGGAGCGCAAGUUUCAAAAACAACCAGCAUUACAUCAGCAAUAUUCAGCCGUCAUCCAAGAGUAUUUUGAUCUCAACCAGAUCAUCGAAGCUGCAAGCACUGAGGAGCAACAUCGGACUCAAACGCCAUUGGGGCAGGUCGGUUUUGCGGCAUGCACUCUGCCUCAUCACGCUGUACUAAAGGAGGAGAGUACCACCACCAAAUUACGCGUGGUCGCGUUUUUUUGGCGAAACGAACAGGAUCAAAUUCAGGAAUAUUGUUUAACUACAGUGACCUUUGGAACUGCGUCGGCUCCAUAUACGGCCAUCAGGAUUAUGCAUCAACUAGCUCAGGAUGAAAGUGUGAGAUAUCCAUUGGCACAACAUGUACUGCAAAAGGAAAUAUAUGUUGACGACGUUCAAAGUGGUCAUGACACCGUGGAUGGAGCCAUCAAAAUUCGAGAGGAUCUAAUUGCUGCACUUCAAUCCGCUGGCAUGUGUCUCAGGAAAUGGGCAUCUAAUCAUCCUGACUUGCUGGUUAACAUUGCGCAAGAACAUAUGUCGAAUUCAACCAUUUUAGAAGUCGACAAUCAUGAUUCAAUAAAAACACUUGUGGCCCGGUUGUACGAUCCAUUAGGAUUUAUUGUGCCAGUUAUCACAACUGCCAAAGCAAUUUUGAAGGACGUCUGGAGUAUUUACGAGAACGCUGGAACGAUUAUAUCACGAGAUUACCAGAUGUCGAGGCAAUCCAAGUACCUCGGUGGUUAA